GGGGGAGAGCUUCAAACUAGACACAAACCUUCCUCCGCGCGCAUUUGAGCCCCCUCUAAAGAGUUAGCAGGGGCUAGCUAGCAGCUUCCGCGCUACUCCUUGUUCUCCCCCGCCCCCUCAAGACGCGCGCAAGCCCGGACACGCCGCGUUCACACGACCAGCGCCGGUUCUCCCCUUCGGAAGGCCCUUUGUUUUCGCCGGUUGCGCCUCCCUCCGCCUGCCGGGUGAUGCGAGCCAGGGCUGCAGGCGAGGGAGGGCCAGGGGGCGGCCCCAGCCUCGCCUUUUUCUCUUUCUUCUCCCUCCGCGCUUGAGCUCCUUUGCUGGAUCCAGGGCGUCAAGGGACCCACGGAUGGAAGGCCAUAGCUGUUGCUGAUCCGAAACCCACAGGGAGUGAGGUCUCCCCACCUCUACCACCACAGAGAAGGAUACAAAAUGGCAGCUCCAGGAUACCACGUUCCACAGCCAGGAUACCCGACUGCUGCUACACCUUACACCAGCUCUCCGCCUCACCCCAUCCCCACUGCCCCCAGCCCAGGGUUCCACGUCUAUCCAGCCACCAGCCCUGCACCAGGGCAAAUAAUUCCUCCGCAGCCUCCUCCCCGUGCAUUUCGGGAUCAUCCUGCUAUGCCGCACCACCACCAAGCUCCAGACCCACAUGCAGCCAUCGCUCCCUACUUGCCGGUGGCAACCAACAUCCCUACUGGCCUCGAAUAUCUUACGCAGGUUGACCAAAUUUUGAUACACCAGAAAGUGGAGCUUGUGGAAGCAUUCAUUGGUUUUGAGGGCAACAACAAGUACGAGGUGCGCAACAGCCUGGGCCAGCACAUCUUCCACGCGCAGGAACAGAAUGACUGCUGUACGCGCAAUUGCUGUGGCUCCCUGCGCCGCUUUUCCAUGCGGCUGGAUGACCCCACUGGGCGGGAGGUCUUGCGCAUGGUCCGCCCUCUGAAGUGCGUCAGCUGCUGGUUCCCUUGUUGCCUUCAGGAGCUGGAAGUGCAAUGCCCACCGGGCACCACCAUCGGGUACGUAGUGCAGACCUGGCACCCCUUCACGCCCAAGUUCUCCAUCCAGAAUGUUGAGAAGGAGACAGUGCUGAGAGUUCUGGGACCAUGCUUUGCUUGCAGCUGCGGCGGGGAUGUCAACUUCGAGGUGAAGACGCGGGACGAAUCGCGAGGUGUUGGGCGGAUCAGCAAGCAGUGGAGCGGCCUUCUCAAGGAGGUCUUCACCGACACAGACAACUUUGGGAUCCAGUUCCCCAUGGACCUUGAUGUGAACAUCAAGGCGGUGCUGCUGGGGGCUUGUUUCCUCAUUGAUUUCAUGUUUUUCGAAAAGACUGGAGAAGUUGCACAGAGGAGUUCGGUGAUCACAAGCUAGAACCUUUUCCAGUCUGGAUUUUUCCUUAACCCUGAUGGACCCUUUUCCAGUUCUGAUAAGAAGGGGGGAUUUUGUAAGCAUCUUGUGUGUGUGCGUGCGUGCGUGAUUGCUUGCCUGCACCAAAGAGGGAUUGAAUAACGUCCCUGGGUUAGGCAUGUCUCCUUAGUUUGUUUGAAUCCACAUGCAGGGGGGAAAAACCCCAAAGAUUUGCAGCAUGCUGGCUCACUUAAAAACAUACCAGGAGCGACCUACCUGCAGAGUAGCCCCUGGUCAAAUGGGGCAAGGACAGCUCACAUGUAUCCGGAACAGCUCAAGGAAGCAAAGGGGCAAUUUUGGUGGCUAAAGUAUCUUUUGUUUUGCUUUUUCCCUGCCUCGAGAACCAACGCCCACAUGGAUGGCUGUUACUCACAGAAAUGUCCUGCUGUACAAGCAAACCUGAAGCAAAAAGGAGCUGUGCGAGAGAAUGUCCCCAUGGAUUUGGCCCUGAUGCCAGGGUGGCCCGGCACCUCCUCUGCAGCUCUUAAUGCAGGGGUAGCCAGUGUGGUUAUAGAGGAAAAGGCUAUUCAUGGCUACUCCACUGUUGCAGGCAGCCUGAUUUCGAAUACCACUUGCUGGAAACCACAGGAGGAGGGAGUGCUCCUUGUGCUCAGGUCCAGCUUGUGGGCUUCCCAUAAUGGGCAUCUGGUUGGCCACUGAUAUGCUGGAGCAGGUGGUCUCCCUUUGGCCUGAUCCAGCAAGCUUCUUAUGCCCUCCAGAUGUUGUUGGGGCUACAGCCUCCAUCAUCCCUGACUGUUGCCUGGGGCCGUUUCAGCACAGUAACAUCUGCAGUGCCCCCGUUGGCUAACCCUGCCUUAAUGCCACCCAUCGGCUACCUCUGCCUCUCCAGGUGGCCAUGCGGUACAAACCGUCUGCUCUCCACCUGGCUGGAGGUUUCCAGCAGCCGCUGUAGUGUGGUGUUCAGGUGGAUCCGCCUUGUGGCAUAACUGACGCUGCAAAUCUGUGACGAAAUGCUCGGCUGUCCUGGGCAGAUGUGUGGAACGUGCCCGGGCUGAAUCAGCAUGUCUUCUGCAGGGGUUGGAUUAGGACCAGGAUCUUCUAGCGGGCUCCGCUGGCUUCCAUCCCUCUGGGCUGGGUUUUGAAAGUAUGUGUCACGAGCGAACAGGGCCCCUGAAGCUGAUGUGAGUGAGUAGUCCAACCUUGAGUGGGGAGGUGUGCCGCAAGUCUUUUCUGUCUGAGCCUAACAGCCCCAUUGGCAACACAAACAAGCAAGGCACAGCCCCCCAGGUGGUCCGGCAAGCAUUUUAAAAUGUGGGGUGCAAGACUCCAAGGCUCGCAGGCCCUUUCUGUCAGGCUUGGCAUCUCACACUGGAGCCGCAGAGAGCUGAAAGUAAUUAGGUUGCGGGCGGAGGCUGGAAGGUCAGAUUUCAAAUUCCGUCAAAGACAAUAGAGGAGAGCAGGGUCGGGAAGAGGAAUGGGUGUUCCUUUCUGGGAAUAUUGAAAUCGGCCGUGACGCACGGAUGUGCCCCCCAGCAUUUGCCAGCAAUUCACAAGCCAAAGAAACGUCAAUGGGGAGUUGAGAGGUGGGAGAGAAAAACGAUUCCGGGCACCACAGACAAGCCACAACCAGGUCAUUAAAAGUGUAUGUGACAGAGUGUGCUCAUAACUGAAUUAGUGGGACAAAGCAGGGUGGGGGUGUUGAAUGUGUGAGUGAGCGGGCAGCUGGGUGGAAGGUGUAAAAGGAGACGAAAUGUGAGUGGUGGAAAAGCUAGUUGUGUGGGGUGGAGAAGAGAGGGAGUGUUUGGGUAUUGAUUUUAUAGCUCCUGCCCAAGCCUCCCUCAUAGAAAUUUGGGGAGGGUAUGGUUUUACUGUCGGAGCCAGGACCCCAGCUCCAUUUAAUCUCUCAUGGGCUAAAUAGCACAGCCUUCUGUCUCCAACCAAGAUGUCAAACUACUCCAUAGAGAUCUACACUGGUUAUUGAUGCCACAUUGCCUUAACCACUAAACCUGGGAACGACCCCUCUCAUCUGUAUGCUUUUUUUGAGGGUGUGUGUGUGAUGCGUCCUUCCCUGGCUCUCCCUGUCAGGUUCCUACCUGCUCGUGGUUACUGCCUGUCUCUAGGCACCACCAGGGACUCCACCAGUCCGGACCGCUCUCUCUUAUGGUUUACCUAUCCGCUCUAGCACAGAUCUCAACAGAUCCCCCUGCUAGGCAACCACCAGUAACGUCCCAAUACUAGUAUUCCCAGAGACUCUGAAUACUGGUAUUGAUAUUCUCUUCACCGCUGCCACCAUUUGUUACAGUUCCCCUUCAGCCUUGGUCAUUACCUUACCCUCCCUUCUGGUCUGUGAAACCCCAGCCAAGGAUCAGGCCUUUGGUAAACCAAAUUAAGUAUUUAUUACAGAUAACAAAGCUAACAAGAUUAACAAGAUUUCUUCUUAAGGCACAUAAGCAUAUGGUUUUACUCAAUACUAAUCCGAACUCCACCUCCCUCCUGGUAAACAACUCUCUAAACCCCACCAAGCAACCCACUCAGUUCUCUUCUCCCCCCAGAUUCCACUCUCACUCGUCCUUUUAUACAUUCAGCCAUUUUAAACACUCAGCCAAUCAUCUCGCAUUCUACUGCCCAGUCACUCCCCCUCUUUCACUCCACUUACCAUGUAUCUUCUAAAACAACAACACUUACCAUAUAUACAUUAAUAUAGGAACAUCACAUUUCCCCCCCCUUAAACAACAGCAGAGUAUUAUUCCUGUUCCAGGAUUUAUACGUCGCGUUAACAAAUAAAAGUCUCUAUGGGGAAAAUGUCUUUCUUUGUUCCUCGUCACUGCAGUCCCAGCCACUUGCCUGGAAAGUCCAUCGGCCAGUACAUUGUCCUUGCCUUUUAUGAACUGGAAGUCCACUUGAUAGUCCUGUAGGGCCCAGGACCACCUCUGCAGCAUAGUGUUAUGGUUUUUCAUAGUCUGCAACCAUAACAAGGCCCGAUGAUCCAUAGUCACUGUGAAUCUUCGUCCCCACACGUAUGGGCACAACUUGUUCAGUCCCCACACGACCGCUAGGCACUCCUUCUGGACUGACGAAUAGUUUUUCUCCCUCGGCGUCAGCUUGCGACUCAGGUACGCCACUGGAUGUCUGGUGCCUUCUCUCUCCUGUAGCAAGACGACUCCCAGCGCCAGGUCCGACGCAUCUGUAGCCACGAUGAAUGGUUUCUCAUAGUCUGGUGCUAUUAAUAUGGGUCCUUGGCACAAGGCUUGCUUCAGUAGAUCAAAAGCCUUCUGACAUUCAUCCGUCCAUACCACACACUCAGAACACUUCUUCUUGGUUAAUUCAUGCAAGGGGGUUGCUAUUUCCCCAAAAUUUCUCACAAACUUCCUAUAAAAUCCAGGCGCACCCAGAAAUGCCCUUACUUGUUUUUUGGUUAAGGGGAUCGGCCACGCUUGUAUUGCCUCCACCUUGCUCCAUAAGGGGGUGAUUUUCCCACUCCCCACCUUAUGUCCUAAAUAGAUUACUUCCUUUAGUCCAAACUGGCAUUUCUUAGCUUUUAUUGUGAGGCCUUUCUUAAGGCCUCCAAUACUGUUGUCAGGUGUUGGACAUGCUCAGGCACCGACUUGCUAAAAAUGGCCACGUCAUCGAUAUAGGCCACUGCAAAAUCUGACAUGCCUCGCAACACAGUAUUGAUUAGCCUCUGAAAUGAACUUGGUGAGUUCCUUAGUCCCAUGGGUAAGGUCACAAACUCAUAUAACCCAUCUGGUGUACUGAAGGCAGUUUUGGCUCUGGAUUGCUCGUCUAGUUCCAUUUGCCAAAAUCCUUUACAGAGAUCUAGUGUAGAGAUAAUGGUUGCU